AUGCCACUACUUAUGAACUUCCGCCUUUAUCCAGUAGCCUUGGUAUCGGAUGUACAGAAGGCAUUCCUACAGAUCGCCAUACACGAGGAUGACAGAGACGCGCUUAGGUUGCUGUGGUACAGCACCACGCCGGUAGACGGCCAGCUACUGCCUAACGUUGAAACGUGGCGCAUGACUAGGGUGACUUUCGGCACGGCCCCUAGCACGUUCCUCCUGGCAGCCACGUUACAGCACCAUAUCCAGCGGCACGCCAGUGAGCAUCCGAGACUAGCAAGGAUACUUGAAAAUUCCAUUUACGUGGACGACGUCAUUUUUGGUGCGGCGAACGAGGAGGAGGCAGAGGAGAUGUACACCGAAACCUUACAGCUGUUUGGAAAGGCUUCCAUGAAGCUCCAAAAAUGGGGUUCGAACAGUUAUGCGAUGCGCGAGAAGUUUAAGUCAGAACCGGAUGCUGUUUUGAUUGGAAACACAACGAAAGUACUUGGCAUUCCUUGGAACCAGGAGCAGGAUACGCUGUCUCUCCCACUUGACUUCCACCGCACAUCAGGAGAGUACAACGGCAUGACCACGAAACGACAGGUGCUGCGCUCUGUGGCACAAAUAUAUGACCCAUUGGGCUUCAUCCUUCCGUACACCGUCACCGGAAAGAUGCUCCUACAGGAAAUCUGGAAGCACGGGUUGGAGUGGGAUGCUCCGCUACCAGAUGAUAUCGCUCGUAAAUGGGGCGCUUGGCACAACGAGCUCCAGGAUCUCAAAGACAUUGAAAUACCACGUUGUUACUUACCGGACAUGAGCACUGAGAUCCAGCCACAGCUACACUUUUUCUCUGAUGCUAGCCCGGCGCGUACGGUACCGUUGUUUAUCUACGUCUCGGCGGCUGCGCGGACGGAUACAAAACACAACUGA